AUGUCGUAUCGGCCCACCGCGAACUCGAGGACCGAGGUUCGUCGGAACCGUUACAAGGUCGCCGUGGACGCCGAUGAAGGUCGGCGGCGGCGAGAGGAUACGAUGGUGGAGAUUCGAAAGAACCGUAGGGAGGAGAGCUUGCAGAAGAAGAGACGUGAGGGUCUCCAAUCUCAGCACAUGCCUGCGUCGGCUCACUCUACUGUAAUAGAGAAGAAGUUGGAACACCUACCCGCCAUGGUUGCAGGUGUCUGGACUGAUGACAAUAACAUGCAGUUUGAGGCCACAACUCAGUUCCGGAAGAUGCUUUCAAUUGAACGCAGCCCACCCAUUGAGGAGGUUAUUCAAGCUGGUGUAGUUCCACGCUUUGUUGAGUUCUUGAAGAGGGAAGAUUUUCCAAUGCUGCAGUUUGAGGCAGCUUGGGCUUUGACAAAUAUAGCUUCUGGAACAUCUGAAAAUACUAAGGUUGUAAUUGAUCAUGGUGCUGUACCAAUUUUUGUAAAGCUCCUUGGGUCUCCCAGUGAUGAUGUCCGUGAACAGGCUGUUUGGGCAUUAGGCAAUGUUGCUGGAGAUUCUCCUAGAUGCCGUGAUCUUGUUCUUGGUCAUGGAGCUUUGAUUCCUCUAUUGGCACAAUUGAAUGAGCAUGCUAAGCUUUCUAUGCUAAGAAAUGCUACCUGGACACUCUCAAAUUUCUGCAGAGGAAAACCACAGCCUCCUUUUGAUCUGGUUAAACCUGCACUUCCUGCUCUUGCCAGUCUUAUCCAUUCAAAUGAUGAAGAAGUCUUGACUGAUGCCUGUUGGGCACUUUCAUAUCUUUCUGAUGGUACAAAUGACAAAAUUCAGGGUGUAAUUGAAGCUGGUGUUUGUACCCGGCUUGUUGAGCUUCUUACGCACCUUUCCCCUUCAGUGCUUAUUCCCGCUCUUCGAACUGUUGGAAACAUUGUUACUGGAGAUGAUGUGCAGACGCAGGUCAUCAUCAACCAUCAAGCUCUUCCUCGUCUUUUGAAUCUCUUGACUAAUAAUUAUAAAAAAAGCAUCAAGAAGGAAGCAUGCUGGACCAUAUCAAACAUCACUGCUGGGAACAAACAGCAGAUUCAGGAAGUAAUUGAGGCUGGUCUAAUUUCUCCUUUAGUCCAUUUACUUCAAAAUGCUGAGUUUGAUAUCAGGAAAGAGGCUGCUUGGGCUAUCUCAAAUGCUACUUCAGGUGGAUCUCAUGAUCAAAUCAAGUUCCUGGUAAAUCAAGGGUGUAUUAAGCCCUUGUGCGAUCUUCUCCUAUGUCCUGAUCCUAGGAUUGUGACAGUUUGUCUGGAAGGGCUUGAAAACAUCUUGAAGGUAGGAGAAGCUGAGAAAAACGUUAGCAAUCCUGAUGGUGUGAAUCUAUAUGCUCAAAUGGUUGAUGAUGCUGAGGGGUUAGAGAAAAUUGAGAACCUCCAGAGUCAUGAUAACACUGAGAUUUAUGAAAAGUCAGUGAAGAUUCUUGAGACAUACUGGUUGGAGGAAGAUGAUGAGACUAUGCCUCCAGGGAAUGCUGCUCAGUCAGGGUUCAACUUUGGUGGCCACGAAGUUCCUUCGGUGCCUUCUGGCGGAUUCAACUUUAAUUAG